UCUUUGGGAACAUUGAAACUUUUUUAUAUAUUCUGUAUCUCGUUUGUGAUGAAGUUAACCAAAAGUUAAAUAAAGUUGAGUUUUGCAGUUAGCACUUAAUCUAUCUUGUGGAUAUUUUAUGCUAUUAUAUUAAAAAUGCAAUUUUUAUGCAUAUUGUGAAUUGUAAAUUAUCUUUAAACAAUAAAUUUUUGUAAAUAAAAUAUUAAAUAAUAAUAUAUAGCUAUGGGUGAUAAAAGACAACAAAAUUUAUCGAAAGAAGAAAUAGCAAAACAAUUUAUGCUACCAGAGAGAAAAAGUAAGAUUGCUACAUUAUUAAAACAGGAUGGUCAAGCAUAUUGUAUUUGCAGAAGUUCUGACAGUUCACGUUUCAUGAUAGGAUGUGAUGCAUGUGAAGAAUGGUAUCAUGGUGAUUGUAUAAACAUAACAGAAAAAGAUGCUAAGCAUAUAAAACAAUUCUUCUGUAUUCGCUGCAGAGAUGAAGAUCCAACUCUAAUAACACGUUAUAAACCUCGACGAACGGAACCAGAAGAUCGUAAAUACAAGAAACAUAAAGAGAAAGAAAGAGCACAUAGAUAUGAGUAUGAUGCACCUUGGGAUCCUACAGCAGUAAAAAAAUCAUCGAAACGUUGUGGAGAAUGUACAGGUUGUUUAAGAAAUGAAAAUUGUGGAAAAUGUGAUGCAUGCAGACAUUUGAAAAAAUUUGGACCUUCAGUUAGAUUAAAACUUAGAUGUAUACAAAGAACUUGUAGAGUAUUAGGGGAUCCUUUGAAACCAUCAAAAAAUUUCAAUAAAAGUUCUAAAUUUAUCAAAAAACGAAAAAGAGAUUCUAGCAAUGAAAGGAAUGAGCUUUUGGAAGUACCAAGACACUGUUAUGGACCUGCUUGUACAAAACAAUCUCGACCAGGUAGUAAAUAUUGCUCUGAUGAAUGUGGAUUGAAAUUAGCAACUAACAGAAUUUAUCAAGUAUUACCUCAACGGAUACAAGAAUGGUCAUUGACACCAUGCAUUGCUGAGCAAAAUAAUAGAAGACAAUUAGAAACAGUUAGGAAACAACAACAAGAUGUACGAAGAAUACUUCAAGAAUUAGAUAAAAGACAUUCAGAGCUAGAUAAAAUUGUUGAACGUGCAAAACAUGCAACAAUUGAUCCUCAGACUGAAGUAGAUGAUAAUGAUGAUACAGAAAUGAGCAUGUAUUGUAUUACUUGUGGUCAUGAAAUUCAUUCGAGAACUGCUAUUAAACAUAUGGAGAAAUGCUUCAAUAAGUAUGAAUCUCAAGCUUCAUUUGGUUCAAUCUUCAAAACUCGUAUUGAAGGACAAGUAAUGUUCUGUGAUUUUUAUAAUCCUGCAAAUCGAACUUAUUGUAAGAGAUUAAGAGUUCUUUGCCCUGAACAUUGUAAAGAUCCAAAGAUAAGUGAAACUGAAGUUUGUGGUUGUCCAUUAGUUACAAAUGUAUUUGAUAUGACUGGUGAAUUCUGUCGAGCACCAAAAAAAAGUUGUGUAAAGCAUUAUGUUUGGGAAAAAUUAAGGCGAGCAGAAAUUGAUAUGGAGAGAGUGAGACAGUGGUUAAAAAUAGACGAAUUAGUAGAACAAGAGAGACAAAUAAGAGCAAAUAUGGCUACACGUGCUGGUGUUUUAGCUUUAAUGCUUCAUUCUACAUAUAAUCAUGAAUUAAUGGAACAAAUGACACAAGAACAAAAUAGAGAACAAUUGGAAGCUAUGGAAGAGGAACUACAGCGAAGAUAUGGCUUGCUCCAAAAAGAGCAAACUACAGAACAAUGAUUAUUUUUA